AAAGAAUAUUUUUUAAAGGCAUUCAUGGCCAAUAGAUGCUAAUUUGAAAACUCGAAUGAUAUUGGUGUUUUUUCUAAACUUACAAAUUCAUAUUGCUUAGUUGCACUUGGUGGAAGUGAAAACUUCUAUUCUGUGUUUGAAUCUGAACUUGGAUUAAGUAUGCCUGUCAUUCAUUGUUCAAUUGGAGGUACAAGAAUUAUUGGAAGAUUAACAGCAGGUAUUUUGAAUGAUAAAUUAUAUAGGAAAUAAAAAUGGGCUUUUAGUUCCAAAUACAUGCACAGAUCAAGAAUUGAAAUAGAUUAGAAAUUCAUUACCGGAUGAGGUUAAAGUAUUUAAAUCAAUUAAAAUUAUAGGUUAAAAGAGUGGAAGAAAAGCUAUCAGCUCUUGGAAAUUGUAUUGCUUGCAAUGAUUAUGUUGCAUUAAUUCAUUCUGAUUUAGAUAAAGAAACUGAGGAAAUUAUAGCUGAUACUCUUGGUGUUGAAGUAUUUAGAACUACAGUGGCAUAAUAAGUCUUAGUUGGAACUUAUUGCUGCUUUAAUAAUUAAGGAGGACUUGUUCAUCCAUUAACUACUGUUGAAGAAUUGGAUGAAUUAGCUAACUUACUUUAAAUUCCAUUAUGCGCAGGAACAGUUAAUAGAGGAAGUGAUAUAAUUGCAUCAGGACUAGUUGUUAAUGAUGUUGCAGCAUUUUGUGGUAUCAAUCCAAUUAAACUUUAAUAUAGGUCUUGAUACAACAUCAACAGAAAUCACUGUUAUUGAAAAAAUAUUUAAACUAUAAGAUAAAAAUAAAUAAAAUUUAGAAGUACAAAUUCGUUAAGAUAUGAUGUAAGAAUUAGAAUGAUCAUAAAUUUACAUUUUGUUUUAUAUUAGAG